UUAUAUAAAACACUUCUAAUGUUCCAUUCACUGACUUCUUUAAACUUUUACAUCUAUAGCUCUAUUACAAUGUCUACUCUUUGGUAAUUAUUGACAUAAUCUGUCAUUGUCAAAUGAAUGGUCAAAAAUGUUUUGAAUUAUGAGAUCGUUUAUUAAAUUAGUCUUGUAAACUUGUAAUCGUUUUUAAAUGUUAUUUAUUAAUUAAUCAGUGUAACAAAAAAUAUCAUCACGGUAAUAUCAACCUACAGCAUUGAUAACAUAUUUACUUAACUAGGUAAACUUACAUAAAUGGACGAAAUAAAUGUUCAGAACUAUUCAUCAUUCAAAGAUGAUCCUGAAAUUCUUCUGCAAUUCGUUAAUAAAUAUUGUACAGUACAACUAAUAAAGAAUAAUACAUUUUCUGGUUUCGUGCAUUCAAUAGAUCCCAUAUCUAAAAGCAUAAUUCUCGCUGUGCCCUGUGAGAAUAGUUUUCAAAUAACUUUGUUACCUGGUCAUGCAAUUAUAAAUCUUUAUGAAAGUAAUCAGGAAAAUCUGACAUCACCAUUUCAAAUCCUCAAAGAUGAGGUUUCUCUUAAUGAUAUUGCCGCCAGAAAAACUAAAGUUAUGGAUUGGUUCAAAGUGAACCUGCUAACAGUAACAGAGUCUAAUGAAAAUAUUAUUUUUGGUAAUGUAUCAAUAUUACCUCCAUAUAGUGUUACUGAUAUUUGUACAGACAAUCCCAUGGUAGCAAUGCAAGUUAGAAAAAUAAUUGAAGGAAUGCCUGCCUCAAGUUGAAAGAAAAUUGAACUAUUUUUAUAAUCAUGAUUAUAGAUAUAAUUUUAAUU